AUGUAUCAUCAUUUACGUUUUUUCUUUGUUAUUAUAAUCAUUGAUCUUUCAAUACACACCACAACAACUUUCAAUUUCACCGAACUUAACAAUUUUAUUCAAUCAGAAUCGAUUACUGAUGAGCGAAUUGAGUUAGAAAAAUCAUUUAUAAAUAGUUUAUCAUCAUCAUCUCAGAUCUGUUUGUCAUCGGCUAAUAACAUAAAUACAAUCCAUUCCAAUAGUACAUUUACAUUACUUGUUAAAUGUAAUUUUGGCAAAGAAAAAUCAUUUGAAAUUGAAACAAAUUUAAAUACAUACAUAUACGAAUUGAAACAAACUAUUCAACAACGAACUGGACAUCCUCACGAUCAACAACGAUUAGAAUUUACUUCACGUUCGUAUUUCGAAUUACAUCGAAAUCUACAAGACACUCAUAAAUUAGGUGAUUAUAUUACUAUUGAGAAUAACACAUGUAAAUAUAUUCUAAGAGUUUAUAAACGAAAAGAAAAUAAACAUUUAAUAUUUAAUUCAAUUCCAAAUGUAACCCAUUAUGAAUAUGUUAUGAUGAGUUCUCAUGUUUAUCAACCAAAUGAAUCAUUUCUUGAUGGUUGGCAUGUUAAACAAUUCAAUUUACCAAACAAAAAUGGUUUAUCUCUUGUUGCUUAUAUUAAUCCUGAACGUCAUCAAUGUGUUAUAUCAAUUCGAGGGACUGAUUUAACAUCAAGUUUAUUCAAUAAUCCUAUAACUGAUCUACGUUUAUUAUUUACUAAUCAAGCAAUAGAUACAUUUGAUUCAGCUCGUUUAUUAUUAUUUUAUGAUAAAUUAUUACAUAUUCCACGUCAAAAUGGAAUUCCAUAUGUAGUAUCUUUCACAGGACAUAGUUUAGGAGCAGCACUUGCUGAAAGUUUUGCUUGUGUUUAUAAUGGUUAUGCAGUAACAUUUGAUUCUCCAGGAACAAAACAUAUUUUACAUAAUGAUCCAUCAUGUCGAACGAAUAUAGAACUUGGUUACAAUCUAACCGAACAUAUUCACAAUUAUUUAGGUGCUUAUGCAAAUGUAGUUAAUGUUGCUAAUCCACAAUCGGGUCGAGUUAUUUAUCUUAAACAAUUUGGUACUGGUAAUGAUACGAGACCAGCAGAGUUUUUCUAUAUUUAUUCUUCAGCAGCUGGUGUUUAUAUGGCUGCAUGUAUAUUUGCAAAUAUUAUCGAUAAAAAUAUGUUUAAAUUAGGUCUAUGGUUUACUAUUGGAUAUUGUAUUCAGAAAUCUUCUAUUGUUUAUUCUUUGAGUAAUUUAUUUAAUUUGAAUAUUGUUAAUACAUUGAAUUAUUUUAUUAAUGAGUUACCAUUUAUCAUCACAGUUUGUCUUCUAUUUCAAUCAGUUAGUACAUUAGCUGAUGCAAUAGAACACCGAAUAGAUCAAAUAUGGAAAUAUCUUUCAUUGAAAAAUAUACCAUUAAUAGGUAGAAUUAUUAUUUUCAUUGAACAAAAUAUCAAUUUUACUCGUGUUAUUUGGCGAUUUAUACUAUUGUACAUAUAUCUUAUUCUAUCAUUUUUCAUAAGUAUUGGUAUUCCAAUAAUCUGUUAUAUGUGGUGGUUAUUAUCAGCUCAUUCGAUAAAUAAAUUUGUUGAUUCAUUUAAUCCAGAAAAUGGAAUACCUUAUCAAGGAGAAAUGAUUGAACCAAUAUUAUGGCCAUCAUUAUUCGAUUAUAUUACAAAAACAGCAUCGAAACAAUUUCUUCUCUUCAUAUUACUCAUUCAAAGUAUGAAAUUAGUGGCUUUUUAUUUAUUUCCUCAAUCUUUUCCUCGAUGGUUUCGAAUCAAUUUGAUUUUAUUAUUAUUCGCUAUGUUUUUUAAUAUUGAUUCAAUAGAAUAUUUAAUGUUCAUGUUUAUUCUAUUUUUAUUUAUGCUUUUUCCAGCAACUCAACAAGACAAUCCGCAUUAUACAAGGAAUAUAGUAUGUGCUAUAUCGGGUUUAUUAGCUAUCAUGCAAUUUAUACAUGAAAGACAUCAUAUAAAUAAAUUUUAUUAUGAAAUAGUCAGUUUUUGUUCGUUAUUAUUGAUACCAUUUGUUAAAAAAUUUCUAUGUUAUUUCUCAAUUUAUCGAAAACAACUGAUUUAA